AAGGUUUUAUAGAUAGGAGCUGCACACACACGGUCUAUCACAGUUCAGCAUCAGCACACACAGGUUGUUCACCUGCAGAGCAAAGAGGAUGGACGCAGCGUACAAGAGAGUGAAUGGAAACUACGGGCCAGAGGCAGCGACAGAGGAGCAGGAGUCUGGGAGAAAGCGAAGGGGCUCCAUGUACCUGGAGGAGGAGACCGACAAGUCCGAGGUGAUCUCCUGCAUCUUCUCCCUGAAAGAGGAGGUUGGAGCUUUAGCCAAGGGCCUGCGGCUCUUUGAGGACAAGGGCAUCAACCUGAGGCACAUCGAGUCCCGUCCCUCGCGGACGAACAAAGACGAGUUUGAGUUCUUCAUCAGCGUGGACCCCACCUGCUCCCAGGCCUUGGAUGAGGUUAUUGACGGCCUGCGCACACAGAUCAGUGGCCACGUGCAUGAGCUGUCACGCAACAAAGAGAAGGACACAGUGCCAUGGUUCCCUAAUGAUAUUCAAGACCUGGACCGCUUCGCCAACCAGAUCCUCAGUUACGGCUCCGAGCUGGAUGCUGAUCACCCAGUAAGGACUGACACAGUGUACAGAGCCCGCAGGAAGGAGUUUGCUGACAUCGCCUACAACUACAGACAUGGCCAAAUCAUCCCUCGAGUGGAGUACACAGAGGAAGAAAAGACCACAUGGGGGACGGUGUUUAAGGAGCUGAAGACUCUGUACCCGACUCACGCCUGCCGCGAACACAACCGUGUCUUCCCCCUGCUGGAGAAAUACUGCGGCUACAGGCAGGACAACAUCCCGCAGCUGGAGGACGUCUCCCGCUUCCUGCAGUCGUGCACAGGCUUCCGGCUUCGCCCUGUGGCCGGCCUGCUCUCGUCUCGGGACUUCCUGGCUGGACUCGCCUUCCGUGUCUUUCAUUCCACGCAGUACAUUCGUCACGGCUCCAAACCCACAUACACACCUGAGCCGGACAUCUGCCACGAGCUGCUGGGACACGUUCCUCUGUUUGCUGACUCCAGUUUCGCCCAAUUCUCACAGGAAAUCGGUCUCGCCUCCCUCGGUGCCCCUGAUGAGUUCAUUGAGAAACUUGCUACUGUGUACUGGUUCACUGUGGAGUUUGGCCUGUGUAAGCAGGGCUCAGAGAUCAAAGCCUACGGAGCUGGCUUGCUUUCAUCGUUCGGAGAGCUGCAGUACUGUCUGACAGACAAGCCCCAAAUCCUGCCCUUCGACCCCUCCAAGACCUCCCUCCAGAAAUACCCAAUCACAGAGUACCAGCCUGUUUACUUUGUGGCUGAGAGCUUUGAGGACGCCAAAGAGAAAGUCAGGAAAUUUGCAGCCACCAUCCCCAAACCGUUCUCAGUGCGCUACAACCCCUACACCCAGAGUAUUGAAGUGCUGGACAACACCAAGCAGCUCAGCAACCUGGCUGACAGCAUCAGCAGUGAACUGGCGAAACUGUGCGAAGCCCUGCGGAAACUGGAUUAACUGCACAUGUGAUCUGAGCCGUAGCCUCCUGAGAAUCUCUUCAUUUAUUCGAUGAAACGGUUUGUUACGCUUUGUUAUUAGGCUGCGUGUGGCUCUGCUUAGCAUGCUUGCAAAUUAGCUUUCUUUGUAUUAAAACAUAUGCAAGUCCAAUAAUGGCAAUAUUACUGUAAUCCAUUUAGUGGUUUAGUCAAGUGAAUAAAGUGUAGUCUGUUACUCAUAUAGGAUAAUAAUGGAUGUAUUUACUGUCAAUAUUAUUACAGUGUUAGUGUCAAUAAGAGACGUGUUUUUCAAAAUAAGAGGGUUUUGUCAUUCAGCACCUUUCUUGUGACUUUAAUGAAUUCAGAACCCAAAAUGUGAAAAUCAAAUUUUGUUUCUCAUGUGAUGUAAAAACAGCUGAAAUAAUCUGAUUUUUUUUCUAUGCAUUUUAAACCUAAAGGCAUUUUGAGAGAUGAUUUUUGUCCUCAGCUUUUAUUUUGCUCUGCUUAAUAAAUGUUUUGUAUAAUGCAUGAUAUGUUCGAAUAAAAAACAACAAAUAUUUCUCUUCUC